GUCUUACCGGAGGCCCAGGUGGCGGUGGUAUCUUCUUCGCGCCCUCCCUGCCCCUUUCCAGCAACCUCCGACUGAACGGUCUCCAACCGGUUGGACCAGGCGCUGCUAGCGCCGAUUUCCUCACCAACAGUGGCCUUGCGAACCACGCCGAUCUCUACUCACACAGCGCCUCAUCCAAUAUGGCCGCCCAGUCUGGCAGCCGCGGUGGCAAUGGUGUUGGCGGUAGUGGGGGCAGCGUUGUCUGCAGCGGUUCCUCUUCCGAUCCUCGCCACUUCUACAUGGAUCGCAUCUACCCACCCUUCACCACCGUCAGUGGCAACAGUAACGGUGGGGGUAGUGGCGACAGUAAUGGCGCUCCUAGCAAUUUUGGGGUCGUCUCUUCCACCGUGCCGACGUCGGCAGCGAACUUUCCCUAUGAUCCUUCCUUCCACUCCCUCUCUGUAAGUUUCGUUCUUUCUUUGGUUGGAUUUUUUCGCCUCAAUUUUCUAGGAAUUCACUUCUCUAGCCGCCUUUACCUUUUUUCUUCUUAUAUCUCCGUUGUACAUCCUAUAUGGCUGUCUUGGGUCAGUCAAUCGCUGUAUUUGGAGUAA